AUGGAAGACAAAGAACUCUUCAACGACAGCUUCAUCGGACGAGUCAUCUCCUUCUCUGACCCAGACUCUGAAUGGGUACUGGUCAAGAAGCUACGCGAAUUUAAUGACCAAAGCGAUCCUGGAAUGUUUCUACGCUGGCCCGAUAAGCCCGGAGGUGCCUAUGGAACGUUCCUAUGCCAGGAUGCGUCAUCCAAGGACAAGAAGAUCAUGAGAAUCCUCAUGCAGGUCCCAUACGCAGGAUCCGAAAUAGCCAUCCACGCAGAAAGAGCUCGCCAGGCCCGCGACCAACGUCCCACAGCUGGCCAGGAGAUGCUACAUGCCUAUACCAACCUAACUGAGCUAGGCAGCGACUUUACGCCCCGGGUUUCUGAACGUAAAGACGGCCAGACAAGCCGAUACAGACCUCGUUCCCGGUGGACCGAUCUGUAUCUUUUUCUGGAGAAAUUACCAGGGAAGCAAUUAGGGCCGUGGUUUUGGGAUCUGGAGCGCGAGGAGCGGGAUAGGGUUCGGGAGGCGUUUGAGUCUGCUUGGACACGUUGUUGUCGGGCUGGGUUUCGGCCGUAUGGAUGGCUGACGAGGUUGUUUUGGGAUGGUGAUACGAAUCGAAUUGAUCUCUACAAUUUCGUGGAAGCUGCCAAAUCGAUCCCGAUCAUGAGUGGAUGGACUAUGAAUGGGUCCUUUGGAGGUUGGUGGUUCCGCCCCGGUCGUAUCGACGCGUUCUAA